AGUUGGGUUGGGUACUACUGUUUACUACUUUACUUUCUCUCUCUAGCUUUCACAAAGCUCAAACCAAAACAAAAAAAAAGGUACUAAAGAUUGUGGAUUACUUAACAUUAUUGUUAUUUUUUGUGUACCAUACACACUAUUACCAUCCUAUAACUCUCAAUUUCUUUAUCUUUUCUCUCUAUAAACAAUAAUUAGAUACAUCAUCAAACCCAUCGCCACCGUACCAACAUUUCCCAAGUGUUUUCCGGCAGUUCUCCGAUCUGGGUCUGGUUUAAAGCUGGAGUCUUGAUUAAGUUUCCUGGCAAGUAAUUUGAGAUUUCUGUUCUUGUUUUUUUUUUAAUUUUAAGUUAAAGAUUGCAUCUUUAAUUUUCUGUUUUAAAUUGAAGUGGGGUUUUAUAUUUUAAUGGGGUUUGGAGGAAGAUAGAGGUGAUUGGGUAUGUGGGUUGCUCUUAAUUGGAAUCAUGGGUGUGUUGGUGUACUGUUCUUGGACUUUUGGGGAAGAACCGAAGCUGAUUAGGUUUGAUUAAAGUUUUGAUCUUUUAGGGGAAGUGGGUUUUAUUUGUUUUUAUAUUUGGUUACUGGAGUUGAAUUUUAGUGUCGGUUUUGUUUGGAGAAUUGUUUUGAUCUUGUUGGGUAUUUGGAGUUCUGAUCCAUGGAGGCUAGAAUUGGGGGUCAAGCUCAAUCCCAUCAUUUUUAUGGUAUGACUGCUGCUGAUUUGAGGGCAGUAGGGAAGAGGAGUCUGGAAUGGGAUUUGAAUGAUUGGAAAUGGGAUGGUGAUCUUUUCAUUGCCAGCCCUUUGAAUCCAGUACCAUCCGGUGGCAUCAGUAGGCAGAUUUAUCCUAUUGCUACCGGAAUUGUCGGAAACGGGAAUUCAUCGAAUAGUUCAUCCUCGUGCUCUGAUGAAUUGAAUCUGGGAGUAGAGAAAGGGAGGAGGGAAAUGGAGAAAAGGAGAAGGGUUAUUGUCAUUGAAGAUGAUAAUUUAAAUGAUGAAGAAGUGGGAGGCCUUAGUUUGAAGGUAGGUGGACAUGGUUUUCCGGUUAACGAAAGGGGGAUAGGAAUCUGGGAAGGAAAUAGUGGAAAGAAGACCAAAUUGGCUGGGGGUAGCAUAAGUCGUGCCGUUUGUCAGGUGGAAGACUGUGGUGCCGAUCUGAGCAGUGCCAAGGAUUAUCAUAGGAGGCAUAAGGUUUGUGAAAUGCAUUCAAAGGCAAGUAAGGCUCUUGUUGGAAAUGUUAUGCAGCGUUUUUGUCAGCAGUGUAGUAGGUUUCAUGUCCUUCAAGAGUUUGAUGAAGGGAAAAGAAGUUGCCGCAGACGUUUGGCUGGCCAUAAUAAAAGGAGGAGGAAAACAAAUCCUGAUCCUGUUGGCAGUUCAAGUUCAUUGAAUGAUGAACAGACGAGCAGUUAUCUGUUAAUAAGUCUCCUCAAGAUACUUUCAAACAUGCAUUCUGUAAGGUCUGACCAGGUGACAGAUCAGGACCUCCUAACUCAUCUUUUAAGGAGCCUUGCUAGCCAGCCUAUUGAACCUGGAGGAAAAACAAUAUCCGGGCUCUUGCAGGACCCUCGAGUGUUGCUGAAUGAUAGAACUUCAGAGCCAGUUACACAUGCACAUGGAACUAGUGUUGCAAAUGUACAAACCUCUUCUUAUAUGAAACCUGGCCUUCCAAAUAACUAUCCAGCAUAUUCAGAAGUUCGGAAUAGUACUGCUGGGCAAGCCAAGAUGAACAAUUUUGAUUUGAAUGACAUAUAUGUUGACUCAGAUGAUGGUGCUGAAGAUAUUGAGAGAUCACCUGUACCUACAAACAUGGGGACUAGCUCUCUUGAUUGCCCUUCAUGGGUACAGCAAGACUCGCAUCAAUCAAGCCCACCGCAAAGCGGUAAUUCAGAUUCAGCAUCUGCCCAGUCACCUUCCAGCUCUAAUGGAGAUGCUCAGAGUCGUACAGAUCGGAUAAUCUUCAAACUUUUUGGUAAAGAUCCAAAUGAUUUUCCUCUUGUCCUGAGAGCUCAGAUUCUAGACUGGUUAUCUCACAGUCCCACUGAGAUUGAGAGUUACAUACGGCCUGGCUGUGUCAUUCUGACGAUUUAUCUUCGCCAGUCUGAAGCUGCAUGGGAAGAAGUUUGCUGUAACCUUAGCUCCAGCUUGAGUAGGCUUCUGGAUGUAUCUGAUGAUGCUUUCUGGAGAUCUGGAUGGGCCUUUAUAAGGGUUCAGCAUCAAAUAGCAUUUCUUUACAAUGGUCAGGUUGUUGUGGAUAAAUCUUUGCCUCUGAGAAGCAACCACCAUAGCAAAAUUGUAAAUGUUGUACCCAUUGCAGUAUGUGCCACUGAAAGAGCUCGAUUUGUGAUUAAAGGCAUCAACUUGUCUCGACAUACCACAAGGUUACUAUGUGCAGUAGAAGGGAAUUAUAUGUUUCAGGAAAAUGCUGAAGAAAUAAUGGAUGAUGUUGAUAAUGUCAAAGAAGACAAUGACCUUCAAUGUGUUAACUUCUGUUGCUCUAUUCCCACAAUAUCUGGAAGAGGAUUCAUUGAGAUUGAAGACCAUGGUUUCAGCAGUUGCUUCUUUCCUUUCAUAGUCGCGGAGGAAGAUGUUUGUUCAGAGAUCCGUGUGCUCGAGGGUGCAUUGGAAUUUAUUGAAACAGAUACUGAUAUUUGUGGAAGUGAAAAACUUGAAGCCAAAAAUCAAGCUAUGGAUUUUAUUCACGAAAUAGGUUGGCUUCUUCACAGGGGCCAAUCUAUGUCUAGAUUAGGCCACUUGAAUCCGUGCACAGAUCUCUUCUCUUUCAGACGGUUCAAGUGGCUUAUUGAGUUCUCCAUGGACCGCGAAUGGUGUGCUGUAGUUAAAAAACUCCUGAACAUAAUGCACGACGAAAUUGUCGACACGGGAGAUCACUCAUCAAUAAAUAUGGCAUUAUCAGAGAUGUGUCUUCUUCAUCGUGCUGUUAGGAAGAAUUCUAGAUCUCUAGUGGAGCUUCUUCUAAGAUAUGUCCCUGAGAAAUUGGGACAAGGAAACUUUUUGUUUAGACCAGAUGUUACAGGGCCUGCUGGUUUGACACCUCUUCACAUUGCGGCUGGUAAAGAUGGUUCUGAGGACGUGCUUGAUGCAUUAACCAAUGAUCCUGGAAUGGUGGGAAUUGAAGCAUGGAAGAAUGCUCAUGACAACACAGGCUUUACACCUGAAGGUUAUGCUCGGUUGCGUGGCUAUUACUCAUAUAUUCACUUGGUACAGAAGAAAAUUAAUAAAAGACCAGGUGUGGGGCAUGUGGUGCUUGAUAUUCCCGAUGCUCUGUCCGACUGUAACAUUAAGCAGAAACAAAAUGAAGCUGCGACAGCCAGCUUUGAAAUUGGACAGCCUGCCUUUAGAUCCAUGCAGCGGCCUUGCAAUCUUUGCCAUCAGAAGCUAGAUUACGGAACAGCUGGCAGGUCUUUACUGUACAGGCCUGCAAUGCUCUCAAUGGUAGCGAUUGCUGCAGUCUGCGUCUGUGUUGCUCUUCUAUUCAAGAGCUGUCCUGAGGUUUUGUAUGUAUUCCGUCCGUUCAGGUGGGAAUUGUUGGACUAUGGAACAAGCUGAGGUCCUUUUCGAUCCGACUUGAUGACUUAUUAUAGGUGGUGUGCAUUUAUAUAGACUGUAAAGUUGAGAUUCGGUGUAUAACCGGUGGUUUGGACAAAGUUUCAGAUUCAGUAAUGUUAUUGACAUAUAUAUUUAACUGUUCAGUGUAAUUCUUAGGUGUAAUUUUAAUAAUUUUCAUGAAUUAUGCAAUAUAUUAUCUCCAACUUCAGAGUA